UUCGUUGCAUCUAUCCACGAGCCUUUCGUUGCCGGCGACUCCAUCGCUUCGUUGCGUUGUUUGGGCGUGGCCGGAGUUGUUCAACUGCUGCUGUCAACUGUAACCCUCCUGCAAAACUUAUAUCCUGUUAUCCAUUUUUCACCCAGUUCUCCCUGAGGAAUUAAUCAGGACCAAACAUGGCGGAGGCGAGCAGUAGCACCCACCGGCGUCGAUCGCAAGCUCAGAUCAGCAAGAUAGCCCUUCGGUCAGACGUGUGGAAUCACUUCACCCGUUUCACCGACGGAGAUGGGCGAGCCAAAGCACGGUGUAAGCACUGCCCCCAGGUGCUCGGCGCAGAAACCAAGAGCGGCACGAGUACCCUUUGGGCGCACUGGAAUCGCCACGAGCAACGCGAAGAAAUACCAGGCGAAGAAUCACCACAACAGACACCACCACCGCUGCCGCCUGCUGGCCCUGAAGAGGCGGCCAGAGGAGACCUUGCUCGGAUGAUCGCGUUGCACGGGUACAACCCGUCAGUCGUCAAGGACGACUAUUUCAGAAGCUUCUUGUGCCGUCUCAACCCCGAGUACGAGGUGCCCUCGCGCCUCGCCAUCGAGGAGAUGUGUGAUGCUAUCUUUGAUGAAACAAUGAAGGGCCUCUUCUCUAAACUACACGAUGUUCCUGGAAAGGUCAGUAUAGCAGUGGGUACAGUUAGAACCAUCCGAGGGAAUAUGUUGUAUACAGCGUGCCACUUCAUUGAUGAUCAAUGGAAUCUUCAUAAGAUAAUCAUGGAUGUUUACGCGGAUGUACCUUUUCUUAACUACCAUGGCCCAUUGUUGGGAGUUGAUGAAGUUUGUCUCGAUCGGGAUCUCUCCCGUGAUAUUUCCAUUGACAAAGUUAUGGUUCGUUUUAAAGCGCGUGAGGUUUUACAUAAUCUGUUCAUGAUGAUAUGGGAAACAAAGGGGAACGAUAUUAACCUUGAAUAUGAACUGAGGAAUGAAAUAGAGGAUAACCCAUUCAAAAUCAAUCCAAACAGGAGACAGCUAUUUUAUACCACCUACAUGGACAACGUGAUUCACUCGAUUGCUAGACUGCUUGUUAUGGAUCCAGAAUUCAAAGAUGACUAUAUUAUCUCUGACUUGGAGAAUUUACAUUUGACUAGACAAGAGCGCCAUCAGCUUCUUUCACAACUUGGUCUAGAUUAUGACCUAUGGGCAUAUGAUGAAAAGUGGUACUCGGAAUACUGUUCGAUGGAAGUUCUUCGCAAGAAAGGCUCUGCAAUAACGAAUACAGUAUUUGCAGAACUAUUGUGUAUGCUUUGGGGAGAAAUAUACCGUUCCAUUCAAAGGAUUUCUGCACCCGAUUGUCCCACUUCAUCAAAUCUUUGUCUCAUAGAGUUGUUUAAGCUGAGGGAAGUUUUUAAGCAUCAACUAGCACAGGCAAGUGGAGAGAAUGCAAUUGCUUACAAUGAAUUUAAUGGCUGUUUUGGCGCCGAAGAUCACAAAGAUGUUGCAGACGUUCUUACAGAAGCAAUGGUCGCUAUAGACAAGGCCAUACAAGAUUCCUACCCGGUCUGGUCUAUACCACUUGUACUGGAUCCCCGGUACAAACUCGCACGCACAAAAUUUAUUUUCCAAACAGCCUUUAGCACCGAGGCUGCAGCCGACUACAUCUCUGAGGUAACACGAAAUAUCACUGAGCUAUACUCUGACUAUGUUGAAGAUGAUGAUAGUACCAUGAAUGCGGUGGCAGUUGGCAGCACUGAUCCACUGCAAGAAGCAUGGGAUGAGCACCGCCGAGCAGAAGCCCAAACAGACCUCGACCGUUAUCUGAAAGAUGAGCUAGUCCAUGAUCCAGCACAAGGUUUUGAUAUUCUCAGCUGGUGGAAGGUUCACGGGUCAGUUCUCUAUCCAAGGGUGGCUCAGAUGGCGAGGGACGCUUUGGCAAUGCCCACAUGCAGUAAGCCUUCUGCUGAGCAACUCGCACACAUCACGAGCAUCGUUCGCGGUUACUCCAAGGAAGGAUUCGUGUAAUGUCACAGCGUAUUUAGCAUUGACAAGCUCCGGGUGCAUCGAUGUCAGAUUAUGAUCGAGCUGAUGAUCUUGAGUGCUGAUAUUUAUAUUUCACUUUCCUGUAAUUAACUUUUUGAACUAUGCAAGCUUUGCAGCGCCAAA